GGUGGAGUUGGUUAUACCGUUUUUCUCCUGAUUCAAAGAUAAGAUGAUCAGAUAAAUACUGGCUUCUCUAUCAAUUGAACAACUCUGAAAGACGAAAACGCAAACAACACCUCUGCUUUUGACAAUGGCAUGAUAUGAGGCAUGUCUCCUAAGAAUCGAGGAAAGAAGGGCAAAGGCCAUCAUCGAUCAUCUGCUUCGCGCUCGGGCUCAACCUCGGAUCUGCUCAGUCUGACGCCUCUCGAAUCUAACAGCCAUCAGACUCCCUUGGAUGCUGUCCAGAGCUUCGAUCCAACCCAGCAUGAGCAACUUGAUGAGGUUGUAGCUUCUUCACCGAUUUCAUCAGAAUCUGCGUCAUCAGAAGCAGAUGGCGACAUUGAGGUCCCCCAACCAGACGGCGAUGUCUUGCACCGCCCAGGCCAUGUGAGGCAGACGUCAGGCUCAUCUCUGGGACGGAGCACACCACAUGCCUUUGCGCCUCCAUUCUACAAUCGACCACCAACACCAUUACCUCCUUCGCCUUCGCUGACAUCUCUGCUUCGCCCGCCGUUUUCUGCCCAAACAUCACGUCCAACCACGCCCGAUAGUUCUGAUGCCGAGACGCCUAAUGACACCGAGGCUGUUGUCGCCAAGUCUGCCCGUACCGCCACGACAGUGCCUCGAGCGAGCCCAAAAGUUCCCACUUACGAAUACUACGGAUUUGCGCUGUAUUUAGGGUCAUCCCUUGCCUUUUUGAUUUACCUCCUCUGGUCAUAUCUACCGUCUCCAUUUCUACAUCAACUCGGCAUUCAUUACUAUCCGAACAGAUGGUGGUCUCUUGCGAUACCUGCAUACCUCGUUGUCACGGUUCUAUAUAUCUACGUUGCCUUGGCGUCGUAUAACACGGGAUACUUGACGCUGCCAAUGUCGAGUAUCGAGAAUAUUGUUGACGAAACCGCGAACAUUGCCGCGCUUGAUAGCAAAGGCCGUGUCCGUUUGCCGAAUCGCAAUCGAGAGUCCAAAGCUGGCAAGUUCUCAGCCAAUACGAUCGGAAUAGAGUUGGAUGGGUACGAAGACGAGACCACAAAAGUGCCGUGGCGGACACUCUGGGGCGAUGGCACCAAUGCGGUCAUGGAUAUACCCGUUGGAGGCGUCUGCGAAAUUUUGUAUGGGGAUGACAGAGAUCCUGAAUGGGAUGAUCUCGUGGACCUUGAAGAUCUUGAUGAUCUCGACUAGCGUCUUGCCCCUUGUUAUAUUGAUUAUUAUUAUUAUACUUGCUUAUGAUACCCAUUUGGAUUGAUAACGUCUAUAGUUAAUGGCUUACUUGCCCUCCCACCACUUUCAUGUUGAGAUCAUUCGACCGGGG